GAGAGGAGCGAGCAGAGCCCCGGGGCCUGGUGUCACAGCCACCCGGGAGGGCGCCCCGACAGAGCCCGCUGGCCUGGCCUCGUGAAUGGGGAUUUAGCAGCUGGAAAGAUGGCUUCCUCCGCUGGUCCCCUGGACCCCAUUGGCAGCCUGGAGCUCCUAGAUCUCCUGUUUGAUCAGCAGGACGGCAUCCUGAGGCAUGUGGAGCUGGGUGAGGACUGGGACCACGUCGGGGACCAGGUCCUGCCAGGCCCGGACUCUGACGAUUUCCUAAACUCCAUCCUGGCUCCUGGAGACUCGGUCCCCAGCUCUCCGAUCUGGUCCCCUGCAGCAAGUGACAGCGGCAUCUCCGAAGACCUGCCCUCCGACCCCCAGGACACCCCUCCCCGCAGUGCAGCCGCCGCCACCCCCGCCGGCUGCCACACCCUGGAGUCUGGCAAGGGGCUCUGUGCCUCCUACCACCCCGGACCCCCUUGCCUUGCCGGCGGCCCCGGACCAGCGACCCGAGCCCUGGAGGCCUCUGUGGCCAUAGACUUGGAAAUGUGGAGCUCAGGCCUCGGUUCUGAGGAGCUGGGGGAGCUUGCAGGCCCGCCUCCGUGCUGCAGCCUCACGGUGAAAGACCUCCUCCUCUCCGGCAGCGGCGCAGACCUGCAACAGCAUCACCUGGCAGCCCCCCACCUGUUGCGACCUGGGCCCGAGCAGUGCCAGGAGCUGGUGCUGACAGAGGACGAGAAGAAGCUUCUGGCCAAAGAAGGCAUCACCCUGCCCACCCAGCUGCCCCUCACCAAGUACGAGGAGCGGGUGCUGAAAAAAAUCCGCCGGAAAAUCAGAAACAAGCAGUCGGCCCAAGAAAGCCGGAAAAAGAAGAAGGAAUAUAUUGAUGGCCUGGAAACUCGGAUGUCGGCCUGCACUGCCCAGAACCAGGAGCUUCAGAGGAAAGUCUUGCAUCUUGAGAAGCAGAACCUGUCCCUCCUGGAGCAGCUGAAGAAACUCCAGGCCAUUGUGGUCCAGUCCACCAGCAAGUCAGCCCAGACGGGCACCUGCCUAGCGGUCCUGCUGUUCUCCUUUGCCCUCAUCGUCCUGCCCUCCAUUAGCCCUUUCGUCGCCAACAAAGCCGAGCACGCUGGAGACUACGCGCCUGUUCGAGUUUUCUCCAGAACUUUGCACAACGACGCUGCAUCUCGUGUGGCCCCCGACGCCAUACCCGGCUCCGAGGCCCCAGGACCACGGCCCAAGGGUGGCACACCCCAGGAAGGGUCUCCCGACAGCCCCGUGGCAGACUGGGAAUCUCGAGGCACGUCGGCUCUGGACAACUGGACGAAGGGGCUGGACAACUCGACCCCGAUCUCGGACAACUCGACGCUCACUCUGCGCAACUCGACACUCAUCCCGGACAACACGACUCUCGUCCCAGACAAUGCGACACUCAUCCUGGGCAACGACUCGGAGAAGCUGAACCCGCCAGCCACCUUGCUGGGCUGGACUGCGCCUGAGCCAACGCUCAGCUCUGGGCGGGUGGGAUUGGAGGCAGCGGGGGAGGAGCUGUGAGCAGCAUCGGGACGUGCCCCCCGCCCCCCGGCCCCUGGGCUGAGAGGCCCUUGUGUGGACAGCGACGGGCAAGGGGGUGAGAGGUGAGACCUGGCGGAGGAGCCGGGAUGCAGACGCACAAACUGUACACUCACGGACCCAGAGACGCACAGAACACGCUCAGACACGGGGCGGCCACAGGGCCACAAAGCCUGAGAAAUACACAGACCCAGGCGGAGGCCAGGCGGACACACGCACACACACCCCGCGCCCCCGCAGCUCGCCUGCCCCGGGACUCCUCCCUGCGCCUGCACACAGGGAAGAGAAACCCGCGGAGUCUGCGGGGACCCUGACCCCGGAACCAUGGCCCACGGCCACCCCUCUUUUCUAAGAUUGUAGAGAUCCUUAGUAAAGUAUUUUGGCAGAACACGGCCGGCGCGAAGCGGGGGAGGGUGGGGGCUGAGGCACAGUCCAGGGCCCGGCCUCUCCUCUCCCAAGCGGCGGGAGAGCCUUCAGCACCUUGGAGAGCGGCCGCGAGCAACGCAGGGCCCGCGGGACGGCAGGUGUGUGUCCGCGGAAGGUCUGGGGACCUGCCCUCCUGGGGGGCUGCACGGCCCACCGAUGUCUUACCGAUGAGGAGACUGAGGCACGAUGGAGGUGAAGGGCCCGGCUGGAACCGGCUGUGCCUGCACUCUCCGAAUGCGUGGUGACUCCCCACCUGCUCUGCGCCGGUGCAGGUGCAUGGGGCUGUGAACCAGACCAAAGGCCAUGGCCUCUCCCCUCGAGGAGCUCACAGCCCGGGAGUGGAGGGCAAUAUGUAGAAACCACGUGGCUGGGGAAAUGCCCUCCGCCGCCGCCCCCAGCCCUGACUGCACGGAGGCCCACAGACUCCAUAAGGGGCAAGGGGACCAUGCGUUCUGGCUCCGUGGCCCCUCCAGCCCCCUC